AGGCCGGGUCUGCGCCGUACAGUGAGGAAGGCCCCCUUUGUUGUGGUGGAAGCCAGGCGCUGGUCUGUGCAGCCGGUGGCGAUGCCGCUGUACGAGGGCCUGGGGAGCGGGGGGGAGAAGACGGCGGUGGUGAUAGACCUGGGAGAAUCUUUCACCAAAUGUGGUUUUGCAGGAGAAACAGGACCAAGAUGCAUUAUUCCUAGUGAAAUAAAGAAACCUGACAUUCCUAAGCCUAUCAAAGUCGUUCAGUAUAAUAUUAACACAGAAGAGCUGUAUUCAUAUCUGAAGGAAUUUAUUCACAUGCUGUAUUUCAGACAUCUGCUGGUGAAUCCCAGAGAUCGUCGCGUUGUAAUAGUGGAAUCUGUGCUGUGCCCCUCACACUUCAGAGAGACAUUAACUAGAGUACUUUUUAAGUAUUUUGAGGUUCCUUCUGUGUUGUUUGCCCCAAGUCACCUGAUGUCUCUUCUGACACUUGGGAUUAAUUCUGCUAUGGUUUUAGACUGUGGAUAUGCAGAAAGUCUGGUGCUGCCUAUAUAUGAGGGAAUCCCCAUUUUGAGUUGCUGGGGUGCCCUUCCUCUCGGAGGAAAAGCAAUUCACAAGGAGCUGGAGAAUCAUUUGUUGGAGCAAUGCAGUGUUGACACAGGAGUAGCUAAAGGACAAAGACUCCCAUCAGUGAUGGGCUCAAUUCCAGAAGACAUUGUAGAGGAUAUAAAAGUCCGCACUUGUUUUGUGAGUGAUCUCCAACGUGGGCUGAAAAUCCAGGCAGCAAAGUUUAACAUGGACGGCAGUGCUGAGCGUCCUUCACCACCUCCAGAUGUAGAUUAUCCCCUAGAUGGAGAGAAGAUUCUGCAUGUAGUUGGAUCAAUCAGAGACUCAGUUGUUGAAAUACUGUUUGAGCAGGAUAAUGAAGAGAAAUCCGUUGCCACUUUAAUACUGGAUGCACUUAUUGAGUGCCCAAUAGACACCAGGAAGCAGCUGGCUGAGAACUUAGUAGUUAUUGGUGGCACUGCUAUGUUGCCAGGAUUCCUACACAGAUUAAUGGCUGAAAUUAGGUACCUGGUCGAUAAACCAAAAUACAAAGAAGCACUUGCCACUAAGACCUUCAGAAUUCACACUCCACCUGCCAAACCCAACUGUGUGGCUUGGCUGGGAGGAGCCAUUUUUGGAGCUCUUCAGGACAUACUUGGAAGCCGUUCAGUGUCCAAGGAAUAUUACAGUCAAACAGGCCGUAUACCUGACUGGUGCUGUCUCAAUAACCCUCCUUUGGAAAUGAUGUUUGAUGUUGGCAAAGCCCCACCACCAUUGAUGAAGAGGGCUUUUUCCACUGAGAAAUAAGCAUCUGAAUACAACACAACUGCACAAGGAUUCCUUUCACCUAUUUCAAGCAGACCUAUACAAGUUGCUUCUUAGGCAGUAAGUUAAUCAGAUGUAACACUGUUUAAAACUAAUGAUAUAGGUGUGGCUUGGGAGCAUCUGGUUACCUGGAACUAUACCAAAGUUGGAUACAAUUCUACAUUUAGAUUAAAAGACCCCAAAACACUGGUUUUGACAAAUGUGAUGUUGUGCUUGGGUUUUUUUUGUUUGUUUGUUUUGUUUUUCUUUUUUCUUUCUAUGGAAAUAUUGUAACUGGCACAAGUUAUUAACUACUAAGUUCUUUGCUCUAUACAUAUAUGUACAGUAGAUACAAAAUUAAGAGGCUUAGUUUUAGAUAUUUUUGUUCUGUUUUAAAUAUCUUAGAAGAAUGAAGGAGAUUCCUUGUUACCUGAAACCAUCUAUGGAAGUUUCUCUGCCAAACUCUGCAUAAAAUGUUGCACAUGUUAACAUAACCUGUUGGUUCAUACAUUAAAAUGUUUCCUGGAAA